UCAGCUGGGUGCGGUGCGAGUGGGUAUAAAAGGGUCAGUAUAUAUUGAGAGGAGCAGAGAGAAAAACCAGGAGAGUGAGAAGAGAGAAAAAGAAGGUAGUAUAGGCAGUGAGGGCUGCAGAGAGAAGGAGGGAAGAAAGGAGGGCGAGAGAAAGAGAGAGAGAUCCCUAUUGGAGGGGAGAAGGAGGGCUAGAGCCAGAGGGGAGAGCGAGGGAGGGAGGAAGGCGGUGAGAGAGGCGGGGGCCUCGAGAGGGUGGAAGGAGGGAGAAGGGCGGGGCGCGGAGGCCCCAGCAAGGGACGAGACUCCAACUCUGACUUUUUCUGCCGCUCUCGGAGUCUGGACUCAGCCCCCUUCUCCACCAGAAUUGGAACAUCUCACUUGCCCUUGUGCCAGCCUCUUGAAACGACCAUCUCCUGACACCCCCCAGCCCAGACUUCCACCGCAGCCAUGUCUCUCCUCCUGCUGGUGGUCUCUGCCCUUCACAUCCUCAUUCUCAUCCUGCUUUUCGUGGCCACUUUGGACAAGUCCUGGUGGACACUCCCGGGGAAGGAGUCCCUGAAUCUCUGGUAUGACUGCACGUGGAACAAUGACAACAAAACGUGGGCCUGCAGUAACGUCAGCGAGAAUGGCUGGCUGAAGGCAGUUCAGGUCCUCAUGGUGCUUUCCCUCAUCCUCUGCUGUCUGUCCUUCAUCCUGUUCAUGUUCCAGCUCUACACCAUGAGGCGAGGAGGGCUCUUCUACGCCACUGGCCUCUGCCAGCUUUGCACCAGCGUGGCGGUUUUUACCGGGGCGCUGAUCUACGCCAUUCACGCCGAGGAGAUCCUGGCGGAGCGCCCGCCCGGGGGCAGCUUCGGUUACUGCUUCGCCCUGGCUUGGGUGGCCUUCCCCUUCGCCCUGGCCAGCGGCGUCAUCUACAUCCACCUGCGGAAGCGGGAGUGAGGGCCCCGCGUUGCCCUGCCGUUUCUGCCGGCUCCCAGCCCCUCCUUCUGAGCCCCAAAGACCCCGCGCUCAGCCCCGUCCAGAAAAUAAAACCGUUUAACCGCC